CUGCCUCUUUUUUGCAUUGUAAUUUUCCUCAUUUCAGAACGCGAGCGUGAGCGAGAAAGAGAGCGAAAAGAACGUGAAAAAGAAGCGGAAAAAGAGCGUGAGCGUCGUAGAAGCAAAAGUCGUGAAAGAGAAGGUCGCGAAAAGCGUAGCCGAAGUCGAGAGCGACGAAGCCGAAGUCGCGAAAAACGCAGUCGCAGUCGUGAAAGACGGCAAGAUCCGGAGAAAACAGAACGCAGUGGUGAAACGAGUGAUAGUAAAGAAACAGAAAAGGAUUUGGAGAAACUGAAUGAAGCCAUCCGUCAACGCUAUCUCGGUAAAUUACAUGUUCUGGGAAAAGCUAGAAGUUGUGUGAUAUGA